AUGCGUUUUCUUUGUCCUCGAGGAAUUGGUGUUGAUGCUCGGGUUGACACCGACUUGCCUCGGUCCCUGGCUGAUAUCGUCGGAAAAACCUACACCUUCCAGCUCAAAUUGAAUGAUUUCAAUUUCACAUCAAAGAACCAGACUUUCACAUUUUUCCGCAUCUUCCCUGAGCGUGCGCUUGCACCUAUGGCAGCUUUUGUUGAGCAUGGAGGUCCAAAUGUCACUCAAGAGCAGGUGCCUCCGACUGUGGAUACAGGAACAGUUCCUGAUUUAGUUAGGUCAGUUUUCUCUUAUACUACAAUUGCUGAGAGUUCGGCAUCAAGCAAAGAUGAAGAUUCUACUGGUAAGAAGGCAAGGAAGAAAGCACGAGUUGAUUGA